GUGCCUCUUUGUGUUGAAUGUGAUCAGAUAGAAAAGCGAAACACAGCGAGCGACGGUUGUCAGGUGCGUGGAUUGACAGCGGCGUCGAUUACAGCGAAAACGCCGGUAUUUUGACACCAUUUAACAUCCACGUCGCCAAAUUCAACCUUUGAGCAGCGUCUUCACCGCUAUGGCAUAUUUGGUGGGCGUAUCUCUGGUGUGAUCAAGAGCUCGAAGGGAUGGGCUACAACGAGAAAUAGACGUAAAGAAGAAAAGCCAGAUCCCUCCGCUUAUAUCCUCUCCCCAGUUGACGCCACCGUGAUGUCGAACCCGUCCUGAACCGUAGGCCUUCCCACGAACGAACUCCCUCGCCAUGGGUUCUGUGUAUCUGUGGAAGCUGUCCUCCCAAAAGCUGGGUUUCUUCCUGGUGAGUUUCGGCUUCAUAUGGGGGAUGAUGCUGCUUCAUUUCACCAUCCAGCAGAGGGCGACGCACGAGAGCAGCGCCCAGCUGCGGUCACAGAUUUUGGACCUGAGCAAGCGAUACAUCAAAGCUCUCGCAGAAGAGAACCAGAGCGUGAUGGACGGGCCCUACGUGGGCACCAUGACGGCUUACGAUCUGAAGAAAACUUUGGCUGUUUUAUUGGAUAAUAUAAUGCAAAGACUAUCAAAGCUGGAGUCAAAAGUGGACAACGUCAUCUACAACGGGACCAUCAGCAACCUGACCAACGGGACCUCGACACCCGGACCCAUUCCCGUCAACCCUGAGAAAGUCAAUGUGGCAGACUUGCUUAACGGAGCUCAGGAGAAAUGCGAUCUACCGUCGCUCGACGGUUUCCCGCAUUGUGAGGGCAAGAUAAAGUGGAUGAAGGACAUGUGGCGUUCGGACCCCUGUUACGGAAACUACGGAGUCGACGGAUCCACCUGUUCGUUCUUCAUUUACCUGAGUGAGGUGGAAAACUGGUGUCCUCAUUUGCCGUGGAGAAUCAAGAGCAUCACCGACGAAUCCGACCGGAAUUCACAGGCCGGGAUCCGCACAAGUUUCGACGAGCUGUACCGUGCGAUGUCCCAGCGCGAGGAGUUUCGCUGGAUGAUGCUGCGAAUCAAACGCAUGGAGGAACCUUGGAUGAGCGCCAUCAGCUCCCUCGCUUACAAACAGAACCUCGCAAGCCGAAAACGCAAAAAGAUCUUGGUGCACCUGGGUCUCCUGACGAAGGAGUCUGGUUUUAAGAUAGCGGAGAACGCAUUCAGCGGCGGUCCUCUCGGGGAGUUGGUUCAGUGGAGUGACCUCAUCACCACGCUGUACCUGCUCGGCCACGACAUCCGCAUAUCUGCAUCUCUCGCCGAACUGAAGGAGAUCAUGAAGAAAGUGAUGGGCAACAAGUCUAGCUGCCCCACCAAGGGCGAUAAAGUUGUGGAGCUCAUCUACAUAGACAUUGUUGGUCUGGCUCAGUUCAAGAAAACUCUGGGACCAUCUUGGGUCCAUUAUCAGUGUAUGCUCAGGGUCCUAGACUCCUUCGGGACCGAACCGGAGUUUAACCAUGCCCACUACGCUCAGUCUAAAGGCCACAAGACUCCAUGGGGCAAGUGGAACUUGAACCCCCAACAGUUCAACACCAUGUUUCCUCACACUCCAGAUAACAGCUUCCUGGGUUUCGUGGUUGAACAACACCUCAACGCCAGCGACUUCAGGCACAUCGACGAUAUUAAGCGGCAAAACCAGUCGCUCGUGUACGGCAAGGUGGACAACUUCUGGAAGGACAAAAAGAAGUACCUAGACAUUAUUCAUUCGUACAUGGAAGUGCACGGGACGGUUCACGGUACCAGCACGGUCCACCUGCCGAGUUAUGUGAAGAACCACGGCAUCUUGAGCGGACGCGACCUCCAGUUCCUUCUGCGGGAGACCAAGCUGUUUGUUGGACUCUCCUUCCCGUACGAAGGACCCGCCCCUCUGGAGGCCAUAGCCAAUGGCUGCGCUUUUCUGAAUCCAAGAUUCGACCCUCCAAAAAGCAGCAAAAACGCAGAUUUCUUCAAGGGCAAACCCACUCUUCGAGAGCUGACGUCCCAGCAUCCAUACGCAGAGGUCUACAUCGGACGGCCACACGUCUGGACCGUCAACAUAGACGAUCCGGAAGAGGUGCAGAAUGCUAUUAAAGGAAUCCUGAGUCAGAAGAUUGAGUCCUAUCUACCGUACGAGUUCACCUGUGAGGGCAUGUUACAGCGAGUCAACGCGUUCAUAGAGAACCAGGAUUUCUGUCACGGUCAGGUCAUGUGGCCGCCUCUGAGCACCAUGCAGGUGAAAUUUGCUCCGGCUGGGAAAUCCUGCAAGCAGGUUUGUCAGGAGCAACAGCUGAUCUGUGAACCAUCGUUUUUCCAGCACCUCAAUAAAGACAGAGAUCUGGCCAGGUAUGGUGUCGAAUGCAAGACGGUGGACUCCGCCGGCGACAUCAACGUCCCCGCGUUCAGCGAGUCGGAGCAGCACUGCGUGUUUCAGUCUGACCUGCUGCUGUUCAGCUGCGCAGGCGCUCACCAGUCGCUCACGCGCAUCUGCCCCUGCAGAGACUACAUGAAAGGACAGGUGGCGCUGUGCAAGGACUGCUUAUAACACACAGACACCCAAACUGGGCGAUGUUUAUACGAAGACUUCAUAUAUUGAACGCUGGCGUGGCAGCUCUCGGUUAAGAUAAUCAAUCUUACCGAAUAAACACAGGAAGAGGAGAUUCAUUCGCGCAAACUUGAAUCGGUUUCAGCCUGACAUACUUGAAGAAGAGUGCAGGAGAUCAGAACUCUACUGCCCCCUGCUGGAGUGGAGGAAACACUGUAGUGAAACCCAAUUUAUUAUUCUUAUUAGUUCUGACUUGUUUUAUCGGACCAGGUUUUCUUAGUCCAUCUGACUGGAGAACGAAACGUUGGCUGAUUUUUAACCCUCGGAAAAGACUGAAGGCGUGGGAAAAGACUAUGAAAAUGAUUACUUGGUUUUACACUGUAACUGUCCACACAUUGACUCCGUAUAUCGAUUCAUUCACAUGUAAAUAACACACAAAGUCUACUUUAUUCUGCAUGGUUGCUGUGAAUCAAAGUGGAUUUACUGUACACACAAACGUCUCGAUUCUGGUGCGGCAGGCUUGCACAUCUGUGCGUUAGAUUUGAAGAUCAACAGCACAUGUUAUCCACAGUAAAUACUGCAGUACCUCACCAGUUUACUGCCAGAUGUGUUCGUCGACCAACCAGCCAGUAUAAAAACACAAAUUCAACUAAUCGUGAAGUAAACUAGCAGGUAAAUUGAGAAACUUUUUGUUGCUGCUAACUAGCAAAAAGUUGCCAGAUUUACCUGAAUUCACCCUAUAAGGAUUUUAAAUAGUUAAUAGUUAAAUCAUCUCCGACGUUUCUGUAAGAUUUUAUCUUAAAAAGUCGUGUACAUACGGUGAAAGAUUGUUUUUUAUUUUGUGUUAAACACACAGAUUGGCCUUCUGGUUUUAUUUCGAUGUUUUUUAUUAUUUCCAGAAGAACUGUAUUGUUGAAUUUGCCUGCUUGUCGAAGAAAGAAAAAAACAUGGAAAUUAUGUUUCGGAAUGAAAAUGCACUAUAGAGAGUUAGCAAAAGAUUUAACAACAAUGUAAAAUUGUUUUAAAGGUUGUUUUUUAAUUUAUUUUGUAUACAAAUCUUUAUCUCUGCCUGUUGAUUUUUUUAUUUUAUUUUAUUUUAUUUAUAGAAAGCGGAUUCUUUAAAGAGGGAAAUAUUAUUUAUCGGACUAAUUUAAAUGUGUAUUAAAUGCAAAUGUUUGUCCAGAGUGCUAUCUUAUAACAGCUUCCUAAAUCUUAACUAUAAGUGAAAUUCGUAAAUAUACCUUCUAUAACAUAUCAAAUUUUUAAAAAAUACUCUCUGGACAAACUGCGAACAAGAUUUUUUGAUUUCGCAAAAGCCAGCAAAAACCUCAUUUGAUGUUUUUAUUCAGCGUAUGAUUUCUGUAAACAUUUGCACAUUUGUAAAUAUAGAUGUUUCUCUUCUAGUUUUCCACUUUUAACUUAUACGAAAGUUUUAUGGUCGCGUUUUCGCUCUGUACGUUCGUACGUGAAAUGAUGGUCUUCAGCCAAGCUAUAGUUUUAAGUCCUGUCAUGACGUGCCUUCUGAUGGUUACUAGAGGUUUGUUUUUUCCAAACGCGUUAAAGGCGGGAACGCUAGCUAGCUUAAAGCCGAAAUAGUAGUUGAAUCGUCGAAAUAGAAUUGCCGUUUAAGCUAAAAUAGUUUUGCCAAAAUGAUGUUGGCAUGCAAUAUAACACAAUCAGAUAACUGUGUCUAGUUAGCUAGAAUGGGUAAAUUUGGUUUACGAAUGAAGGAUGCCACAACGUUUCCGAAGUGUUCGUGCUAUCGCCGUGGUCUUCGUCGUAAUGACCAUCUCAGAAGUUUUAAGAUAUUAGAUUAGUCUAAUAAACACUGUGGCCAGUAAUUCUUAACUAGUAACUACUGUUAUCUCAUGGUAUAAUUUGAACAAAACCCGAGUUUUUUUGUAAUAUAAUCACUCUGUAUCAAUUAACUUUUGUUUUUUGUUUUAUUUUGCUGUUUUUAAUGAUCACGUUUCAAAAUGCUUUUAUUGGUUAAAAAUUUUUUUUUGUUUGUUUGUUUGUUUUUUGGGGGGUGGGAGUGUUUUAUGUAAACUGCAGCAGGCCGUUUUAGGAGGACAUCCACAAAGAAAUGAAAUUUUGAGGAAAAAUAAACAGACAAUAUGUUUUUUUUUUGGUUGUUGUUUAUUUUGAAGAAUCAGUAGGAUAUAUCUUUAUUUUUCAAAUAAACUUUUUCUGUGACAACAGA